AUGGCGGAAGUCUGCAAAGGCUGCACAAGCCCAUGCGAUGAAGCAGACCUUCCUACUGACAUCGAGGAUCUCAAGUGCAAGGUCAAAGAAUUACAGGAGCAAAAUUCGAAUCUAAAACAAAAGCUCUCCACGUUGGAACGGCCACUGGAAAGGGUUCAGAGCACUCAACACAAGAAGCCGGAGCACAGGAAACUGAGAUCUGAAGAUUGGUUCUCUAACGACUCGAAUCCAGAAUUGAAUGUACUCUACUUGGAUCGGUAUUUGAACUAUGGAUUGACUAGGGAAGAAAUAUCCUCGAGAAAGCCUAUUAUUGGCAUCGCACAGUCCGGAUCAGAUCUCUCCCCAUGCAACCGCUAUCACCAACAAACGGCGAAAAGAGUGCGAGAUGGCAUUAUAGCGUCCGGUGGGAUCCCAAUUGAAUUCCCCUGCCACCCGAUCCAGGAGAGCAGCCGCCGACCCACGGCGACUUUGGAUCGGAAUCUAUCCUAUCUCACGCUGGUCGAGAUACUCCACUCCUAUCCACUUGAUGGAGUGGUUCUCCUGACAGGUUGUGAUAAGACGACACCUGCUGCAUUGAUGGCGGCAGCGACAGUGAACAUCCCCUCUAUCGUGUUGAACGUUGGGCCUAUGCUCAAUGGAAGCAUUAGAAACGAGUUGAUUGGUACCGGAACAAUUCUUUGGCGUGCCAGAGAGCUGAAAGCGGAGGGUGCAAUCAAUGAUGAGGAAUUCGCCGAUAUGGUCACUGCCGGAACACCAUCCGCUGGACAUUGCAAUACUAUGGGCACUGCGUCUUCAAUGAACGCCCUCGCCGAAGCACUCGGGAUGGCCUUGCCAGGAUCCGCUGCGAUCCCUGCCGCUUAUCGAGAACGACUGCAAUGCGCCUACCGAACUGGCAAGCGGAUUGUCACUAUGGUCUACGAGGAUCUUAAACCUAGCGACAUCAUGACUCGCGAAGCAUUUGAAAACGCCAUCGUCGUCAACACGGCUAUCGGCGGAAGCUCGAAUUGCCCUAUCCACUUGGUUGCCAUCGCUCGGCACGUUGGGGUUCAGCUCGAUAUGGAUGACUGGGAUCGUAUUGGAUAUUCAAUUCCCUUACUAGCCAACGUACAGCCCGCCGGUGAGAUGCUAUGUGAAGACUAUUAUAGAGCAGGCGGUCUCCCUGCAGUUAUGGCCGAAUUACUCGAGGCAAAGAAACUACACGCGGACGCAUUGACCUGUACUGGACGGAGUAUAGGCGAGAGCGUACGAGGUCAAUUCUCUUGGAAUCGUGAGGUUAUACGGCCUUACGACCAACCACUGAAGCAAAAUGCAGGAUUUAUGCAUCUAAAGGGCACUCUUUUCGACUCAGGAAUAAUGAAAACCUCCGUCAUAUCGGACGAGUUUCGCAAGGCAUUCCUCGAAGACCCAAAACAUCCUAAUACCUGGGAGUCUAAGGUCAGAGUAUUCGACGGCCCGGAGGACUACAACGCAAAUCUGGAUGACGAGGGCGGACUAGAUCCCCAGGAGAGGCCAGCACUGGUCAUGCGUGGUACCGGCGCGAUCGGGUACCCUGGCGCAGCCGAGGUUGUCAACAUGCACGCCCCGGUAAGGCUACUCAAGGCAGGAAUUCGCGCGGUGCCGUGUAUUGGAGACGGCCGACAGUCUGGAACGUCAGGUUCACCUUCAAUCCUGCACGCAUCGCCUGAGGCAGCGGCUGGCGGGAACCUUGCAUUACUCUGCAACGGAGAUACGUUACGGUUUGACCUCAAUGCUCGCCGGGUUGAUCUACUCCUCUCUGAGGAGGAAAUGGAGAGUAGGAGGGCAAAAAUGGCUGAGAAGGUAGCGCAACUGACGGUGGAAAGCCAGACGCCCUGGCAGGAAAUCUUUCGCAACGAAACGAGUCAGUUGAGCGACGGUAUGGUGCUAAAUUGUGCUGUUAAAUAUCAGAAGGUUGCGCAGCGGUGGCCUGCUCCUCGACACAACCACUAG